AGAUGAAAUAGAUGUUGUGCAAAGGUUUGAUAUUUGAUUUGAAAUUAUUGGAACAUAGCCUAGUUGUUUCUAAAUAUAAUUGGCACAAGCAUAUCUGCUUUUAGACCAGGGUUUUCUGACACUAUGUGUGAUUAUGUAUGUUUAGGUACUGGUGGAGUUGCUCUGGGGAUGUACAACACAGACAAGUCAAUCUGAGACUUUGCUCACAGCUCUUUCCAGAUGGGGUUGAACAAAGGCUGGCCGGUGUACCUCAGGACCAAGAACACCAUCUUGAAGAAAUAUGAUGGCAGUUUCAAAGAUAUUUUCCAGGAAAUCUAUGACAAAGAGUACAAGGCUCAGUACGAGGCCAAAGGCAUCUGGUAUGAGCAUCGGCUGAUUGAUGACAUGGUGGCUCAGGCCAUGAAGUCUGACGGUGGAUUUAUCUGGGCCUGCAAGAACUAUGAUGGAGACGUGCAAUCAGACUCUGUAGCUCAGGGUUAUGGGUCAUUGGGUAUGAUGACCAGUGUGCUUGUGUGUCCUGAUGGGCGUACAGUAGAAGCCGAGGCAGCUCAUGGCACGGUUAUACGGCACUAUCGCAUGCACCAGCAGGGCAAAGAGACGUCCACCAACCCUAUUGCCUCUAUCUGUGCGUGGACACGAGGGCUGCUGCACCGGGCAGAGCUGGAUAAGAAUGCAGAGCUGCGGGUGUUUGCUGAGGCAUUGGAGGCCGUUUGUGUCGAGACCAUUGAAGCUGGCUUCAUGACCAAGGACCUGGCCAUCUGCAUCAAGGGCAUGUCUAAUAUCACACGCUCUGAUUACCUCAACACUUUUGAGUUCUUGGACAAACUGGCCAAGAAUCUGAAGAUUAAGUUGUCAAGCCAACCCAAACUGUAAAGCUGCUGGGUGUUGACGGGGCGUUCACACACGCACACACUGACGCUCAGGCCUCAACUCACGUCAAGCCGCAGACUCUGUUAGUCUCAGUUCCUGUCUAACUGGGACCAAAGACAGAGAAAUAUUUGACUUCACCACUACAACCAGUAGGGGGACCAGUGCACUUUCAAAUGGAAGAUUAGAAAGUGUCUCUUUAAAUGGAAGGAGCUUCUGUAACCUUCAUUAUGCUUUUAAAAACAAAUUAGAAGCAUUCAUUUAGUAAAUUUUAUCACUGUUUAUACAUUUUAACAUUGCAAAGUUUUUUUUUUUUUUUAUUAUAUCCCCUGUAGUGCAAAAAUAUAUUUGUAUUUUUGUGCUACUGCUAUCUCUCAGGUGCUUGAACACCUGUUGCCUUAUUGUCUGCAUGUGUAGUUGUCUUGUCUUCGGGCAUCCACUCUUGAAGCCGUCCCAGAAACAGUGAGAUUAGGCCUUAACAGUAUAAAUACCUGCUUUUAACUGAAAUACUGUUAGUUCACACCGGUAGACAUUCCUGUUCAUUGUUCACUCUGUACCACGUCUGUCACUGCAUAUAUAGUUCUGUUUAUGUCAGUCUGUGUGCUUAUGUGAUCAGGUCUUGUGUUAUUAUGACGUCAAUAAUAAAUUAGUCUUUU